AGAAACUGGACAGCACACAGCAUGGAGCCCUGUCCUCUGGGCCUGCUGCUGCUCGUGCUGAUCUUGUGUUCCUACUCUGGACAUGCUGCAGAUCCCCCUAUAGCUACAGUGGCUGUAGUGUCUCCUCAACCUCCCUACUAUGCUGGAGACAAAGUCACCCUGAGGUGUGAUAUAGCAAAGCACACAUACUAUUACUGGUAUAAAGGCAAUAAUCAAAUUAACAACCAGAAGACCCUCAUCAUCCAUCUCCCUGAUCAUGGCCAGUACACAUGUCAAGGAUAUAGAAGUGAUAGGAAUCUGUAUUCUCAGAGGAGUGCUCCUGUCUCUAUCAGUGUCACAGCUCUGCCCACAGCUACAGUAACUGUAGAGUCUCCUGAGGGUCCAUACUACCCUGGAGAUGAGGUCACUCUGAGGUGUGAUGUAGUAAAGUACAGUGACUGGUACUGGUAUUCCUGGUACCAAGAUGGAUAUUACGUUAAGACUGAGGGACGUCAAGCCAUCACCUUUUCCCUCUCUGAUGAAGCUGGCCAGUACCUGUACACAUGCAGAGGGACAAGAGAAAAAAGACCAAAGACUUCCCAGCAUAGUACUGCUGCCUCUAUCAGUGCAAGAUCUUUUCCAGUACCUACAUUGACUGUACAUCCCAGUCCUGCGUUUACUGGAGAAACAGUCACUCUGACAUGUGUAAUACAGCCCUCAACUGGCUGGACAUAUGCAUGGGAUAACCCCCCAUCAUCCAAAGCCUCUAAACCAAACAGCAACAUCUACACCAUCAGCAGAGCUACUGUAUCUGAUCAGGGGAAGUAUAAGUGCUAUGGAGUGAGAGAGAGAAGCAGGAAAUCAUCACCUUACAGCAACACUGUUCAGCUCACAGUGGAAGCGCUGCCUGUGGCUACACUGACUGUAGAGCCCCAGAGUCCUGUGUUCACUGGAGAGACGGUUACUAUGAAGUGUGUGAUAGAGUCUCUCAGUGGCUGGACAUAUAAGUGGUAUAAGGACUCCAGUACAACCCCAGUGUCUGAGGGAAACACCUUCACCAUCAGAGGAGCUACUGAGUCUCAUAAGGGCCAGUACUGGUGUCAGGGGGAGAGGGGAUACAGACCCACAACAUCACAACCAAGCAGGAGAAUUACUCUUGAUGUUAAAGCGCCACCUUUGGCUACACUGACUGUAGAGCCCCAGAGUCCUGUGUUCACUGGAGAGACGGUCACUCUGACGUGUGUGAUAGAGUCUCUCAGUGGCUGGACAUAUAAGUGGUAUAAGGAGUCCAGCACAACCCCAGUGUCUGAGGGAAACACCUUCACCAUCAGAGGAGCUGAUGAGUUUCAUAUGGGCCAGUACUGGUGUCAGGGGGAGAGGAUUGACAGACCCACAUUAUCACAACCAAGCAGGAGAAUUACUCUUGAUGUCAAAGCAUCAAAGCCCAAACUCACAUUAAGUCCAGCCCACCAGCUCCUCACAGGAGACUCAGUGACUCUGAGAUGUGAGUUGGGUGUUUCCUCUGGUUUGGUGUUCAACUGGUAUAGACACACACAGAACUCUGAUCCUGUGAACCAGACUGAUGGAGACUCUUACAGCAUCAGCUCUGUUAACAUCUCUGAUGAAGGACAGUACUGGUGCAGAGCUGGGAGAGGAGUCUUCUACAUUCAAUAUAGUGAUGCAGCUGAGAUAAAGGUUACAGAUGCUGGGUCCUCUAAGUCCAUGGUAACAGUAGGUGGGGUGAUUAGACUGCUUCUUGCCUUUGCUCUGAUCAUUUUAAUGGUCCUGAUGUAUUGCUCCCAGAAAGCAAAGGGUUCAGUGUCAGUGAUGCCAAACCCUGGUCUGCAGCAGAGCGACAGUCACAGUCCAACCUCACAGAACAGAGUUUUAGGUGGUGCUGUGGCUGGAACCAGUGAUGUGGUCUAUGACGAGAUUGAGCUGCAGGAUACACUCUAGAAGUCUGAUGUGUGUGCUCAGAGACAACACAUUUUGCAUCAAUUUCAACUCAACACAUUAGAUAUGUCAUACAGUAUAUUGACACAUUUGUGCCAUUCUGACACACUGUGUGUCAGUAACGUGUAGUUUUAAACAUACGUUAUGCAUAUUAGAAGGGUACUUUAUUUCAAUAUUAACCCACUGAUGUCCACAAAUAAAUAAAAAAUAAAAGAUAAAAAACAA